UUUUCUCCUCUAUUUAAUUCCAAAAUGAAGAUGGUUACCAAACGCCACCUUCCCGAGAGGUCGAACCCUCUGAUCAAGCCCGCCAACUCUCCCGAUAUCGAGGUACUUGUGGGCCGUAGACGGUUGGGCCAGACUCAUCUCCAGGUAAAGCAGGGCACUGCCGGCCUGGCCGACGCGUCCAAGCAGCAGAACCUCGGCCUCUUCGACUACGCCCAUUUGCGCGUACCUUUGCCCAAAGAUCUCAGCGGUUCAGGAAUCUUCUCCCUGAAAAACGCCAACGGUGGAAGCUAUCCAGAGUCAUAUUUCUUGAUGAGACGCAGCAGUGACGGUUACAUAAGCGCGACGGGCAUGUUCAAAGCCGCGUUUCCAUGGGCUGAAGCGAAGGAAGAGGAGGCGGAGCGCCACUAUCACAAAAACCUGUCAUUAGCUGGGCUCGAAGAAAUCGCCGGCAGCAUUUGGAUUGCGCCUGAGGAGGCACUUAUUCUCGGCGAACAGUACGGCAUGCGCACCUGGAUCGAGGCUUUGCUCGACCCCACACCCAUCGAGAAAGGUAGCAAAGACAAGGACAAUAAAGCCAGCCCACGCAUCCAAAUGCCGCCCGAGUUCGAUACCUCCAAGUUGUCUUCCCCGCCCGUCGUCCUGGCGCCUUCGUCAACUCUUCGGUCGACACGCGCCCGCUCUACGCGCUCAGCUUCCCCCAGCAAGGUCGCGACCACCCCACGCAAGAUGGCCACCCCGCGCAAGUCUCGCGCCGCGAGGGCAGCCAAGGCUGGGUCUGUGAGCGCUACCAACCCCGAGGAGCUGCUUGACAGGGCCGCCGCCGACGCCGUCUCCAGCGCUCUCCAGAACAGCAUCGAGGACGGCGCCACCCCGGUGGAGUCGAUCGCGUCACAAUCUGCCAACGGAGAUGUCAAGGAUCCCGAAACGGUGCGCAUCGAGAUCAGGGAGACAAUUGAAGACACUGGCGACGCCGAAGUCACCAAAACCAACGUAAAGGUCGACGUUCCGGCGGACUACCCAGCGCUUUCCGAGCCCGAAGACCCCGCCAAGAUGAUCGCAGAGGCAAGGAAGAUGGUCGAAGCCGCCAACAAGCUCGAAAACAAGUUCGAAAACACCGUGGUGAAGGCCGAGAAGCGAAAGGCAGAUGACGAGAUUGAAGCUGGUGGCUCCUCGCUCCAGCGACCGGCCAAAUUGGCUAGGACUAAAUCUACAGUGGAGCAGAAAUUAGCAAAAGAGAAGGUUACUAGGCGAGCUCUCGUCGGCCUGACAGUCAUGGCUGCGGUUGGUUCCGCCAUUGGCUACCUUUCGGGUCUUGCAUAAUGGAGCACAGGGCUUCGGUUGUGCCUCUCGAAGCAAACAUCUUCUCUUUCCAUGUUCAACCUCUCUUUCCAUUAUGCUGAUACCAACAACCCUUUUAUUAUUCAUCAUCAUACCUCGCCCGGUUCCCAAUCUCAUCGGUAUGCAGGCGGGGAAAUGGCGGCUUGGACGGUGGAUUCUCUAUCAUAUCGAUGUGUUAGUGCUGGAUUUACGGCGUUGUUUCUGCUCCUAUCUCUUUUGCUAUACAAUCGUUUCUUCAUCCUUCUUAUUUCCCUUUUGCCCUCUCCAAGUGCCCUACCGUUGAACAGACACAUACACAUACACACACACAACCAUGAGAAGUAUGUGUUCUUCGAUCACUUUGCCCCAUUACCACUCUCCAAACUUUGAAUGGAAGCCUGGAGCACAGAUGUAGUAGAUUAUUUAA